AUGAAGGCUAAAUUGUUGCAUCUUGGAGGCGUUGAACUUCAACGUGUAUUCCGGAGUUUGCCUGGUCACGAUAAAGUACCUUUGGUCGCCGUAGACCCGCGAGUGUACGACUUGGCUGUCGAACUACUUGAUGGCUAUUUUCAAGCAGGCCGUCAAUACGUGAUUGAAAGAAGGAAACUACGGCAGAUCAAACAAAGGGAAGGAGAAAAGUUUUCGCAUUUCGUUCUGCGGCUUCGGCAGCAAGCUAGGUGUUGUGGAUUUGAGAAACAUUCCGGUGAAGUCAGCGAGAUAUUGAAGGAGAUAUACUUGAUAGAUGUGGUGGUAGAGAACUGUAGGUCGGAUGAGCUAAGGAGAAGUAUACUGAAGAAGGACCGCUCGUUAAGUGAGAUAGAGGAGAUAGCCGCGAGUAUCGAAGACACGGAGAUACAAAUGUUGAAUUGGAAGGGACCAGCUGUUGUGCAGGAACGAUCUGCUUAUGAAAUUGGAAAUGUGCAAAGUGGGAAGAGAUCGUUUCAACACACGGCUUACAGAAGAGGAGAUGCUAGGAACCACCCACUGAAAAGGCAAUCCGCUGUUGACAAUUUCGCUAAUCAGAACAAUCAGUCAUGUUUCGCAUGCGGUGAGCAAGGCCAUUUUGCUAAGUCUACCAACUGCCCCGCGCGAGGUCGUCCAUGUCGGCGAUGUAAACAGCUGGGUCAUUAUGAGAAAAUGUGUCGAAAGCGGAAGAAUGACAUGAAAGUGAUGACCAAGUCGAAAAGGAUCUACAAUGUCGAAAAUGUACCAACGGAGGAGGUGGACUCUCGUUCCGCAUCAGCGGAGAAGGAUACCAAAGAGGAAAAAGUUUAUUACACGUUCUAUGGAGGAAAUCAGACAAAUGUAGUACCAGGGAGAAUUGGAGGCAUACCCAUUCAACUGUUGAUCGACUCCGGUGCGGAUGCGAAUUUGAUCAAACCGGAAACAUGGGAAAUGCUCAAGAGUCGGAAAGUUCACGUGAGGAGUUCUGUUAGAGGAUCGUCCAAAGUCUUGAAAGGAUAUGGUAGUGACAAGCCGCUUACGAUUGCUGGUUCAUUUGUAGCCGAGAUAGUUGUGGGAAGGAAGAAGACAGAAGCGGAGUUUUUCGUUGUAGAGGGUGGUCAGCGAGACAUCUUGGGUGAUAGUACAGCAAAACAGCUUGGCGUUCUGAAGGUGGGUCUACAUGUGAACGAAGUAAGUACCAAGAAAAAGUCAUUCAGCAAGAUAAAAGGCGUACAUGCUGAGAUCCACAUGAAAGAUCAUGUCAAGCCAGUCUUUCAACCACUAGUGUUCCGAUUCCUAUUGAGGAGGCGGUUAACAGAAAUGGUAGGCAAAGCAUCUGGGGAGCCACGAAUUUGUUUGGAUCUUAGACGAGUGAACGAGGCGAUCGUGCGUGAACGUUUCCCCAUGCCUGUUGUGGAGGAGUACUUGGCUCGACUGUGUCACGGAAAGUUGUGGAGCAAAUUGGACAUAAAAGAGGCGUUCCACCAAGUUGAACUGGCUGAGGAGUCGAGAGAUGUUACAACAUUUAUAACAAACCGGGGUCUGUUUCGUUUUAAGAGGUUGCCGUUCGGGUUGGUGACCGCUCCCGAGAUUUUUCAGCGUAUUAUGGAGGAGAUACUGGCGGGGUGUCAGGCCACAAUUGCUCAACCACUUCGUGAAUUAACAAGAAAGGGAACUAAAUUCGAAUGGGGAGUUUCCCAAAAGAAUGCGUUUGAGGAAAUUAAAAAUUCAUUGACGGCAGCUUCAACCCUAGGAUUCUUCGAUCCCUUGGACAAAACAGCAGUAGUGGCGGAUGCUAGCCCUACCGGAUUGGGAGCUGCUUUGGUUCAAACUGAUUCGCAAGGGCAAUCGCGCAUUAUCUCUUUCGCAUCGAAAUCUUUGACAGACACAGAGCGCAGGUGGGUGCUGCGUUUACAGUCUUUUGACUACAAGAUCGUACACAUUCCUGGAGAUAGGAACAUUGCUGACGCGCUUUCACGUCUAUCUAUGUCAAAGGCUGUUCCGUUCGAUCCUAAUGAAGAAAUAUUCAUUAGGGAAGUCGCUGUUUACGCUGCUACUGCUUCUGCUCUUAAAUGGGAUGAAAUUGAAGAAGCUAGUAAGCAAGAUGAAGAAUUGUGCGAAGUAGUACGGUUGAUUAAAAACGAUGACCAACGGAGCUUACCUUUGGCAUUCAAGGUAGUAGCGAAUGAACUUUGCAUCGUAAAUAAUGUUUUGAUGAGAGUGGAUCGUAUAAUCAUUCCUACUAAACUACGGGAGAGGGUGCUAUGUCUCGCUCAUGAAGGUCAUCCAGGGAUGAGAUUGAUGAAAAGUCAUCUUAGGUCAAAUGUAUGGUGGCCAAAUAUGGACCAGCAGGUCGAGAAGUUCGUGAAGCAAUGCAAAGGCUGUACACUAGUGGCAGCACCAAGUGUCCCUGAACCGAUGAUCCGGAAAGAACUCCCGACUCAGCCGUGGGUAGAUGUUGCAGCGGAUUUUCUGGGUCCAUUGCCUGACGGUCAAUAUCUUCUGGUCGUAAUCGACUACUAUAGCCGCUUCAUGGAGGUUGUAGAAAUGAAUUCCAUCACAGCAGCGGACACUGUGGCGGAGCUGGCCAUUAUUUUCAGCCGGUAUGGUAUCCCAGUCACCUUACGAGUAGACAAUGGACCACAAUUCAGUGAAAAAUGCGAAGAAUUCCGGAGUUUUUGUGAGUCUAGUGGAAUACAAAUUGUCAACACCAUACCAUUGUGGCCCGCAAUGAACGGCGAAGUGGAGCGACAGAAUCGGUCCCUGCUUAAGAGGCUAAGGAUAGCGCAAGAGCUGGGAAAAGAUUGGAGAGCUGAAAUGCGGCGCUACUUAUUGACGUAUCAUUCUACAAAUCACACAACAACAGGCAAAUCUCCAGGAGAACUGAUGUUUGGUAGAAAAAUUCGCAGCAAACUGCCUCAAGUUCCACUUACAAGGAUAGAAGAUGGAGAAGUUCGGGAUAGAGACAAGAUCAUGAAGGAAAAAGGGAAAGUCUAUGCAGAUAGCAAAAGGAAAGCUCGAGUAAGCGACAUUGUCGUUGGGGACAGUGUGUUGGUGAAGAGAACAAAAAAGGAUAACAAACUGGACACAACAUUCGCUCCGGAGGAAUACGCAGUGGUGAAGAAACAGGGUAGUGAUACAACAGUUAAAUCUCAGGCAACUGGUAAGGAGCUCCGAAGAAACGUUGCGCACUUGAAGAAACUAGAACGUCCGGAUAGGAUGGAUACUCAACCACAGAAAACAGACGUAUCGUCUCAACAGGAACGAUGA